UGUAUUUCUGUAUGGACUUUUAUAAAUGGACUGGAAAAAACUCAUAUCCCCUAUUAAUUGAUUGUAUCAAAAGUCUCGUAUACAACAGAAAAUGAUCGAUCCCUCAAUAGUAAUUAGUUACCAUGUACCUCAUUGGUCCGUUCAGCCACCUACUUGCCGUACUCUAUUAACCGAGGUGAUUAUCCUCACGAAUCAAUCGUGAGUUUGCAACUUUUAUAUAACAUUUAGCUUUUCUGGAAGUUUCUAGGAAUAAAGAAGGGACAAAACAAGAUAUAUAGGAUCGAUGAUCUAUAUGAACAAUUUACAAAUACAGUUUUAAGACAAAUCAACAAACAUUAAGCGAUUUAAUCAGACUUCAAACUCCGGACAGUGUCCAGAAAAAGUUAAAAGAAUGCCGCCUGUUGCCUUUAGUGGGGAUUUGAAAGAAUGGGUCCAAAACACAAUAAACUGUCACAAGGUUAUGGUAUUCAGCAAGACGACCUGCCCAUUCUGUGCCAAGGUCAAAGAGUUGCUCCAGUCAUUAAAAGUGGAAUACUAUGCUUUGGAACUUGAUCAAAUAUCAAAUGGCAGUGAUGUUCAACAACAGUUGCUUGAGCUAUCAGGGCAAAGAACUGUCCCCAAUGUCUUCAUAAAUGGUAAACAUUUGGGAGGGUGUGACGCAACUAUACAGGCCAACACUGAGGGCCGACUGCUGAAGAUGAUCAACGGAGAGGAGGAAGAAUAUGAUUACGACCUUGUGGUGAUAGGUGGUGGAUCUGGCGGUCUGGCUUGCUCUAAGGCUGCGGCUGACCUUGGUAAGCGUGUUGCAGUGUUGGACUUUGUGAAGCCGAGUCCACAAGGAACCACUUGGGGCCUGGGAGGAACUUGUGUCAAUGUUGGUUGUAUACCAAAGAAACUCAUGCACCAAGCUGCUCUCCUAGGGCACAGUUUAGAAGAUGCAAAAAAUUAUGGUUGGCAACUUCAGGAAGAAACGGCAAAACACAACUGGGAGAAGAUGAAAGACAGUGUACAGGACCACAUAGGAUCCCUCAACUGGGGAUACAGAGUACAACUUAGAGAUAAAACUGUGCAGUAUUUAAAUGCAUAUGGAACAUUUGUUGAUCAACAUAAAAUAAAGGCAACAAACAAACGAGGCAAGGUAACUGAAGUUACAUCUGCCAACUUUGUCAUAGCAACUGGUGGUCGACCCAGAAUACCUGACAUUCCCGGGGCCAAAGAGUUUGGCAUAUCAAGUGAUGAUCUGUUCUCAUUACCAUAUUGCCCCGGAAAAACUCUUGUGAUUGGUGCAUCUUAUGUCGCUCUUGAGUGUGCAGGCUUUCUAGCAGGUCUAGGGCUGGAUGUAACAUUGAUGGUACGUUCCAUACUGCUGAGGGGUUUUGACCAACAGAUGGCAGAGAAGAUUGGAGACUAUAUGGAGAACCAUGGUGUAAAGUUCCUCAGGCAAUAUGUCCCAUUGAAAGUGGAGAGACUGCAGGAAGGGACCCCAGGGCUACUGAAAGUUACUGCUAAACCAACCAGUGGGGCAGAAAGUGAUUCAAUCACUGGUGAAUACAACACAGUUCUGUUUGCUGUUGGGAGGGAUGCAUGUACAGAAAAUAUAGGUCUAGAUAAUAUAGGAGUGCGAUAUAAUACAAAAAAUGGUAAAUUAUUUGCGACAAAUGAACAAACAAACAUAUCAAAUGUGUAUGCCAUCGGUGAUGUAUUAGAUGAAAAACCAGAAUUGACCCCGGUUGCCAUCCAGGCAGGAAAACUGCUGGCAGAAAGACUCUUUAAUGGCUCCACCAAACAGGUAGACUACACCAAUGUAGCAACAACAGUGUUCACCCCUCUAGAGUAUGGUUGUAUAGGUUUGGCAGAAGAGGAUGCCAUAGCACAGUUUGGACAAGAUAACUUAGAGGUGUACCACACUAACUUCCAACCCCUAGAAUACACAGUGGCCCACAGAGAGGAGAAUGUAUGCUACGGGAAACUUAUCUGCCUCAAGACUGACAAUCAAAGGGUGAUAGGCUUUCAUGUACUGGGGCCCAAUGCUGGGGAAAUCACUCAGGGUUAUGCUUUAGCAAUGAAAUUAGGAGCGACAAAGGACGACUUUGACAACACUAUAGGAAUCCAUCCAACUUGCUCAGAGGUGUUCACCACACUGUCUGUCACUAAGAGUUCAGGAGGAGAUGUGAAAGCAGCAGGUUGCUGAGGUUAAACCCACUGUUGUCACCAUAGAAACCACAUCACAACAUAGAGGAGAAAUGAUAUUGGACAUUCAUUACACAAAUAUAUUGACUACAGAUUUGACUUAUAAUCAAACAGACGUGGAAACAGCUCUGCGACAACAAUCGUGUAUGAAUCAUGAGCUGAUAAAUAGUGUGAAGACAUUCUUGUUCUUGUAUUUGUGCUUUGUUCGGUGCCGUAAUCUUGAAAAUCUAUGGUGGUUUCUAUGGCAACAGUGGGAUAUGAAAUUGUUACUAUAACAACUGUAUCCAAUGGUGCAUUAUGUAUGCGUAUAUGACGACUAAACCCAUAACCCUGGUGCAGGGAGGGUCAGGUCUGAAGACCAGUUGGAAAUGGUUGUUCCUGGAAUUGUUGGUCUCAGAAAUCAAAUUCCUUGCGAUAUUAUUAAACGCAAAAUCUUUUAGUUAACCUUAACUAUUCAGAUAGAUAAAGGAAGUUUUGAUUUCUGAUUCCUAUGAUUUGAUAAUGAAAAAAUGUUUGAAAAAAUAAAAAAAGAGAGAGAGAAUGCUAGUGUGUAUGAAACUUUACAUGCAGAAAAUCAGGGUUAUUAUUUAUACCUACUUGUGCGAAUUAUGCAACAAAUACCUGGUAGUUUUGUUUUUUGUCACCACCACAUGAAGUGACAUAUUGUUAUAGUCUCCAACUUUUUUGUG